CGAGCAUCUGCGUUCUAGAGAGCAAUGUUCUACCCAAUGUUUGUAAUGAGCUUGAAUCAACGAUGGAUCCUAAUAAUUCCCACAUCUAUCAAAUAACCAACUCUCUAGAAGAUCGUAUCUUUGAGGAGACUCAACCAUGGUCAACAAGUACCCCUUCAUUACGACAGUUUUCUUUUAACUCAGAAGACCAUGAUGGUUUCGAUGAGAAGCUAAACAACAGGAACAACGUUGUUCAAAGAACAACAGAAGUUAUAGAGCAUUAUUUGGAUAUGAAUCAGCCGAAUAAAAAAACACAAAUAAAUAUGAAUUCACAAACUGGCACAAAUACCAGUCGGAAGGCUCGUACCGCUUUUACAAAGGAACAGAUCAAUGCAUUAGAAAGUGAAUAUGCACAUUCGCAUUACUUAACAAGACUGCGUCGUUACGAAAUUGCAGUGUCUCUUAUGUUAAACGAAAGACAAGUUAAAGUAUGGUUCCAGAACCGUCGGAUGAAAAUGAAACGUCUGAAUUCAACAUAAAAAAUUGAAAUGAAUUUCAAGCUUAAAUUUAUUAUUACUGAAUUAUUGCCACGAUUGAGAACUUACCUAAACAAUUUAACGACUCCUAAAUAGGAACUUAUUGCCUCAAAAAUUCAGUUUAAAACUAUUCCUAAACGAUUCCGUUCAGCAGAAAAUAAACAAUAGGAGCAUAAAAAUAGCAAAACAGAACACAUGUGUAAAAUUAACGAGAAUCGCAUCAGUCAGUUGGGCAAAGUAAACGAGCGAAUGAUAUGCAUAAAAACGACCAGGACUUUUGGAAGCGUAUUAGAGAACAUAAAAAAUACACCGAACGCGUUCGAACGUGUCGAUUAGUUUUCGACGCCUCACAGGCAAACUGGUAAUGAAUACCUGCAAAAACGUAGAGCCAACGAGUGCCCAAUUAUUCGUAUAUACCAGCAAUUGGCAAAAUUCGGCUCGCGAGACGCAAGCGGCUCUUUAAUAUCGAGAUGGCAGCUCAUAACAGUUAAUAUAUUCCGUAAAAAUUUCCCACAUUUUUUCUCUUGGUUAAACAGGUUGGCUCCUCACGUGAAACUCUACGAACAUUUUUGUAUAGGUCUAUACAAUACCUAUACAAUUUGCAAGUCCCAAAUCAACCACGCUCUCAUUGACAGAAGGCACUUGUUGGGAAGAUAUCGACCUUGUGUGGAUUAGCCAAACAAAUAGCAAAUCAUAACAACGAACUGUCAAAAACAGUUCGAAUAUUUUUUAAAGGUUACCCCAUAGGCCGCGGGGCCACGAGGCUUUCUCAAGCUGAGA